UUACGCAACCGUUUACCCCAGAGUUGUACAUAUUUCAAUGAGACGAUAACUGCCUCUCCUGUCAUCGCAAUUAAAAGCAAUUAGUCGCGUGUAUUUGUACAACACAGCUACAUACUGCACCAUAGCCACUCCCCAUCAUUGACAACGCUAACUGUACCUUGGCAUCGCGGAAGAGGGGCAAAGACCGAAACAUACAGACCAGCAUUUGUUCAGGCUGACUGAUCGAUGGACAAUUAGCCUUAAAUAAAACUUUGCCAUCAAACCUCAGCUCAACCAAAAUAGACUCGGAGCCGUUGAAAUGUGACAUUUCUUGUUCCUGCCCUGAUAAUUAUCUUCAUUAAUAUGAUGACGGUGCGCCGACAUGCCGCGCAUAUCAGCACGACAAUCUGACUCUAAUGCGUCCACUCGCCCGGAUUUUUACUUACAAACCCGACGGCUCUUUUACUGUUUGUAACACAAACAACAUCCAAAAAUAUAAUGUUAUCAUAAGCCUUUAUCCUCCUCUUCCCUGCCAAUUUGUGCCUUGCGAAGUCGAUUCCAGCAACGCGGUUGUUCGACAGCAGGUCUGACCGGUUGGACCACGUUCGAAUGUCAGCAGCGGGAGGUUGAAGUAGGCGGCCUCGCUGUUAUUGUUGCAUAUUUGCAAACGGCCACCGGGACGGACGCAUCUGUCCGUGUUCUGUAGUUUCCUGCUGCUGGAUGGGACCAGGCGCUCGGUGAACAUGGAGAGACAGGUACACAUGACUAUGGCCCGCCUGGGGGUCCAGGAGGACCGGCGCAGAGAGUCAGUAGACCCGGGCGAGGAGCAGUUCCUUAAAAGUCUGUACCUUUUCAUGAAGAAGCGAGACACUCCCAUCGAGAGGAUCCCUCACCUGGGCUUCAAACAAAUUGAUCUAUAUGUCAUGUUCAAGACGGUCAGAAGCUUUGGGGGCUACCACCAGGUGACGGCCCAGCAGCUUUGGAAGCAAGUCUACAACUCGCUGGGAGGGAACCCGCGCAGCACGAGCGCGGCCACUUGCACCCGCCGCCACUAUGAGAAGCUGCUGCUGCCGUACGAAUGCCAUCUAAAGGGACAGCGGAUGAGCUCCAUACUGCCGCACCCCAUGGAACACUUUCGCUACCACGGUUACAGCCCGGAAGAAAGAGUCUGCGACGGCCCCACACCGGCAAAACGCAAGCUGAUGUCAAUGCCGCUGCACCACCAGAACCCCUCCAACCUCCAGUCAGGCACUCAUCGGAGCCUCUUUCCUCUACCAUUCCAACCCCCACACUACUACCACCCGAGUCCCUCGGUUCUUCCCCCUUACAUCCCCAUGCCUCCCUCUGUUGUGGCAUCGCGCAACAGACCAACAGUCCCCCCGACCAAAUUCCCGUUCCCCCCAUGUGGACCAAAGCCUAAAGAGACGGUGAAGGAGCCGUUAGAGCAUUUGCGCUACCUGGCGGAACAGUACAAGUCUUCAUCUGGACUGAGUGAGCCUCUCAACCUGAGCGUUAAAGCACCGUGUCAGAGGACCGACAAAAUCCCAAAGUCAUCAUUUGCACCGCCUUCGUCCAGCAAAACACCAAAGUUUUUGAACACGCCCUCCUCGCUGUACACGCCACAAUACCCGCAGGUAGCAAGGAAAGAAGGCAGUAGAAAGCCGGAUGAAGCAGCAGCUGCAGGAGUAGUCUCAUACCCCGAAAAAGUAAGGGAGGAUGUUGUGGUGGACCUCACCUCGAAGAGUAGCCCGGAGUAUGACAAAAGCCUGACAGAUUGCAGAAAUAUGACAAAAGAGCAACUGGCGAGUCCAGAAGGGAGGAGACUCAAUCCCAGUCACAUACCUGCCGAAACCAACAGCAAGAUGGAGUUCGAAAUCCCUCUGUCCGUGUUCCACAACUGGCUACGGCUGUAUGGCCCGCACGGUGCGGCAAACAACGCGAAGCAGUUACUUCAGCAGGUACCUCGCCACCAGCAGGUACCUCGCCACCAGCAGGUGGAGGAAGCGGCGCGAAGGAGCAAGGGCAUUCUCCCGACAAAUCUAUCAUUUCACUUCAACUCCCACCGGCAGAGCCCCACAAUCGAAGAUCUUAGGGUGGUGAACAGAAAAGUGCCAAGCCCGAGGUCGAGCGGCCAGGCAGCGGCGACUCCCCACGUCCCAAGCCACAAGAGUUUUCUCGACUGCUCCCCUUCCAGCAGCGUUCAAAAACCUGCCGCCACCGCGGAUGUCUGUUCGUUUCCCACUCAGGGAAUCUCUUUAUCGCACAGAUCCAAACCCCCAACGUAUUGGGAGGCCCUCGCUAAGGAGAGACCCCCGAGUCCCGCCGCAGUUCCACAAGACCUCACGGUGACGACGAGCCGCCACGGCGACACCAAGCCGGCAAGUCCGAAGGCAGCCGAGACCAGGCUCUCGUCAUCGUCGUUGCUGAUGAUGAAUUCUGGCUCCGCCUCAGUGCUGCAGCUCACCAGUGAGGAGGUGAUGAAGCUAAAGAAAAUCAUCUCCAGCUCUUCGUGACGCCUGCGGCCAUGUGCCAGCACAGACUGUCUUAAAUCCGUCCAAUGAGUUCCACCCUGACAAUGUGCACGGCACUAUGCGUGUUUCCUGUUUUGUAAAUCACCUACUUACUAUCUAUCUAUCUAUUUACGUGUAAAUAUAAAUACUUCUUGAUUUUU